AUGAUUAUUGACGGCGAGAAGUGGGCUUGCGAGGCCUGUGUUCGCGGUCACCGGGUCAGCAACUGCCAGCAUUCGGAACGCCCGCUCCAACACAUCAACAAGAAAGGUCGCCCCGUAUCGCAAUGUCAGCAUUGUCGUUCUAUGCGAAAGUCUCGAGCAUCCCACGUCAAAUGCGACUGUGGAGAGAAAACACACAAAUGCGCCCACUUGCAGCCAACAUUAGAGGGUCAUAGGGACAGCUGCUGCUGCAACCAUGGAGGUCGUUGUUCCUGUUCGCAUAAGAAGGAUCCACCGUUGCUUGAUCCCGUACCAGAAUCCGACUCGGACGAGCCCGAGAAAGCCGCCUCGAGGACCUCGAGCAAGGCUCCGAGCGUCAAGGGCACUCCGCGUGUCAGGCGGAGGGCGAACACGAUACACUCGGACGGCAAGCUCAGUUUCGAUGAGAAUGGCAAACACAGGCCAACGUACAGGCACGCAAAGGCCUCGUCCAAAUGCGAACCGUACCCGCUGAAACGUGUGAACUCGCUUCAGAGCGCAAGUGAUGGCAUUCGCGAUACUACCGUUUUGACCGACAGUCUCGAUACGUCCCGCAAAGUCAAGUCAGAAACGGCUUCUCCAUUACUGGCAAGUGGCGGAGCUCCUUCAAGCUUCACGCAGCUGAAUUCUUCAUUAAGGCCGCUGGACUUGUCGGUAAUUCAAUAUCCGAGCUAUGCUUCCCAGGCUUCCCAAAGCACCCCAUGCGACGCCCUGUUUAGUGCAGGCCUAGACUUCGAGCCUGCAUGCUUCAGCGCCGGCUUGCAGCCUCAGAUCGAAUGGAGCCAAUGGGACAGCCUGGACUACUAUACAGACACAGUUGGCGACAAGUUCACUCCGUCCAGCUACGAUGCACACGGGGGUUACAGCAGCGCAAGCGGAUUCGAUUUCAAUGGCUCUGACCAGGCUCCCACGCUGGCAACGACCACUUCGGGUGAUGUGUCUGAAGUCGAAGACUUUAUGGGACCGUCAGCCGAUGAUUAUGACAUAUCGAGCGGCUUUGGCAAUGCAGUUGCAAUGGGCAGCUAUGGAGCCACGGGGCUCCUGGGAGCUGGUAGCACUGGCACUGGUCUGUCAGCUUACGAGAUUCCUGAUUACACAAGCGAAGUUCCCAAGAGCAGCCAAGAAGGCAGCCUCAGUGGCCAAAAGUACAUUGAAACCCCGCUUGAUGAUAGCGGUCUCGCUGCUGCAGGCCCACUCGGUGCUGCCUUCACCGAAGAUGCGUUGUACUGGAUGCCUGAAGUAGCACCCGGCAUUCCCCAAAUGGCAGACUUGUCGUCUGUUCCGGAACCCAAUGGCUUGCCCUGGGAACCCCCUCGGUAG